AUGACACGAUCACUUCCAGACCCGAGCUUGGCCCAUUUUGAUCCGGAAAUAGACAGAACUUUAACUCAUAUUAGGCAAGCUCAGUGCCGGCUAGCAUUUGUGAAUAGUAAAUUGGGCUCUCUUGAAGAGCACACCAAUUUACCAUCACACUCAAACCGUGAUUCUCAUUCUUCAAAUAAUGAGGAAACCUUAUAUUCUUCUGUGGGGAGUACUGAAGUUUCUUUGAAUGAAUCAGGUGACAGUACUAUGGCGGAACCUCCUUGUAGAAUCACCUUGAAGGAAGCCAGAGCUCUAGAUAUAAACUUACAACCGAUACAAAUCCGGAGUGGCACCAAGUUGGAUGAAAUUGGUGUUGUGCCUACAAGUUGGAGGAAAAGGAGAGGAAGUGGAAGUGAUAAGAGUUGGGGAAGAAAGCAUUGCAGAGAAGGGGAGGAACUACUCAAUAUCAAAGAGCCAAAAAGGAAUAACCUUCUUGAGGAACCUGCACAAAUUUUCUUUCCCAUCCUGGCUAAGAAGGCUAAAAAGCAUGAAGGUCUUGAUCCAAAUGUGGUAGAAAUUUUCAAGAAUGUGAAAGUUACCGUCCCUCUCUUUCAAGCCAUUCAACAAGUGCCAAAAUAUGUAAAAUUUCUCAAAGAUGUGUGCAACCAUAAGGACAAGAUUGGGGAGCUAAACAAGAACCCGAUAAAUGACUUUAUCUCCUCUGUUCUUCCAAAAAAGUGCAAUGAUCCCGGUCUAUGUUUGGUUACUUGUGUGAUUGGUGGGAUGGAGUUCAUGGACUGUAUGUGUGAUUUGGGGGCGUGUGUAAGUAUCAUGCCACUCCCCAUUUAUAAGAAAUUGAACUUAUCACUAUUAAAGAGGUCAGGGGCAAGAUUUGUAUUGGCAGAUAAGAGCAUUGUGUCGGUUGUGGGCAUUGUAGAGAAUCUUUUGAUUAAUAUCCAAGGGUUGAUCUUUUCGGUGGACUUUCACAUUUUGGAGACCCCUCCAAUUGACUCGGACAAACCAUCAUCCAUUCUCCUUGGGAGACCAUUUUUGAAGACGUCCCGAUUCAAAUUGGAUGCACAUUCCAGAGCUUAUUCAUUUGAGUCCGAUGGAAGAAUAGUGAAGUUUACAUUAGAUGGAUCCAAGAAACCUACCUUUGAAGUCUACUCCAUUUUAGGUUGUGAUUUGAUUGAAGAGAAAGUGAUUGAAUCUAGUGAGGAGCAAGAAGAAGACAAGAAUACCAAGGAGUUAGAGAUUUUCCUCUUUGGAGAGGCCCCAAGUCAUCAAUGA